AUGGGCUUCGUCCGAUACGAGAUAGACGACGCAUAUGAACGUCCCGUCGGCGAAGAUGACACCGACGCCCUCGGCUCCCUCCUCAUCGCAGCCGACGGCGCCAACUCCCCCAUCCGCCGCCAAUUCUUCCCUACCGACCAAGCCCAACGCCGCAGCACAGGGGUAUUCGGCUUCGCCGCCAAAGUUCCCUUAAACCCCACAACCUCACCCGUCAUCGACUCCAACCUUGCGACAUCCGAACACCGCUCCUACUUCAUCGUCUCCUUCGGCGCCCUCGCCGCCUCCGAGUACGCCGACGAGCAACCCACGACCUGGGAUCCCGCCCGCGCCUGGGCGGAAGUCACGAAACACGUCGCGGACUGGCACCCACAUCUCAAGACCCUCGUUGCCAACGCGGAUCUUCGUACAGUGCACGGAUGGGAUAUUCAGUCCUCCGAAAAGCCGACGUGGGGAAACGGGGCGAACUUACACCCCCUUCUCGCGUCGCAGGUCCAAGGCGUCAAAGUCGUCAAGGCUCCCCUCCUCAUCCCGCUCACCAUGGUCCGCGCGAUCGCAACUGGCAGAUCCAGCCGUGUGGUGGGAAGAACGAGGCCCGGGGUGGAGGAUGGCGUGCAGUGGGCUUUGGGGCAGUUUCGUGGUGUUAGGGCGGCGUGA